UUCUAUUAUUUUAUGUAGGUUUAGGCUCUGUUCAAUUUGUGACUGCACUCUGCGGCUGUCAGUUGUUUUACGUUUCACCUGAUAUCCAUCCUACCUAUGGUGAAAAUAUCUAAAUAAAUGGUAAUGUUUCAUGCUUCCCGAAAAUCAGGAAUGUUUACUACUGGCGAUGAUGCAACGGGAUGAUAAGUCCCCCUGCAUGGUAUAUGUUAUCUGUAGGAGUGAUAUCAUAAUAUAACACUGGCAUUGUCCGCCAUAAGGUACAGCUAACGAAAACCGUGACUAUUUCCUUCCCGUAUGGCUGCAUAUGUUAACCGUACAAUAUCGAUGAUGGCUGGUGACGGGCCUCACAUCACAAUGAACAAUGGAACACAUCGUGUGAAUAUGUCAAAUGUGGAUUCACCUCUACAGAUAUUUGUGAGGGCUAAGAAGAAGAUUAAUGAUAUAUUUAUAGAGAUUGACGAUUAUGUCAAAGAUGCAGUUACAUUUAUGCACGCGGUUGCUGGUGACAGUAGUAUUGCAAGUGCUCAGGAUCUCACAAAUGUGGAGGCCUAUGUUAGUAAAGUCCAAGCCAUUCGGGAAGUUCUUAAGCGGGAUCACAUGAAAGUUGCAUUCUUUGGAAGGACAAGUAAUGGCAAGAGUACAGUGAUAAAUGCUAUGUUACAUGAUAAAAUAUUGCCAAGUGGAAUUGGUCACACAACCAACUGCUUUCUGCAGGUGGAGGGAUCGGACACUAAUGAAUCCUUUAUGAGAACUGAGGGCUCAGAGGAAAAAUUAAGUGUUCAGUCUGUCAGCCAACUGGGUCAUGCCUUGUGUGCGACCAGGCUGCAGGAAUGCUCUCUAGUCCACGUGUAUUGGCCAAGAGAGCUGUGCGCCUUGCUGCGAGAUGACGUAGUACUUGUGGACAGUCCCGGGGUGGAUGUCACACCCAACCUGGACGAGUGGAUAGAUAAAUACUGUCUGGACGCGGAUGUUUUUGUACUUGUCGCCAAUGCCGAGUCUACACUUAUGAUAGCGGAGAAAAAUUUCUUUCACAAAGUAUCAACCAAGAUUUCACAACCGAAUAUAUUUAUACUGAACAAUAGAUGGGAUGCGUCAGCAUCGGAGCCCGAAUAUAUGGACCAGGUGCGCAGUCAACACGCGAAUCGUUGUGUGGACUUCCUAUCUCGAGAGUUGAGAGUGUGCACACCAAAAGAGGCAGAAGAGAGGAUAUUCUUCAUCUCAGCCAAGGAAGCACUGCUCACUAGAAUGAGAGAGCGGGAGAAGCCUGUUUCAUCACCAAUCCUUGCUGACGGACAUCAGAUACGUUACUUCGAGUUUGUCGACUUCGAGCGCAAGUUCGAAGAGUGCAUCAGCCAAUCGGCCGUUCGUACGAAGUUCGCGCAGCACUCGCGACGCGGCAAGAACAUCGCUGCGGAAGUCAUGAGUGCCUUGGAGCAGGUAUACAACACCGCUUGCGAGAUGAAAGCUUCAAAGGUUGAAAAGCAGCGGAUACUUCAGGAACAGCUGACGGCGAUCGAGGAACAGCUGACCUCCAUCACGCGGCAGAUGAAGGAGAAGAUCGGCAAGAUGGUGGAGAGUGUGGAAAAUAAGGUUUCACUGACGUUAAGUCAAGAGAUUCGCCGUCUGUCAGCUCUGGUGGACGAGUACGACACGCCCUUCCGCACGGAACGUUCUGCGUUGGAGCAGUACAAGCGGGCCCUACAUCGACACGUCGAGAGCGGUCUGGGCUCCCGGCUCAAGAAGCGACUGUCCGCUGACAUUGGACACGAGAUGGAUGAGGCUCAGAAAGAGAUGGCAGACCGCAUGUACACCAUCUUGCCGGUCCACAAGCGCGCGGCAGCCGCCAGUGUGAUAAUGCCCCACCAGCAGCCCUUCGAGGUGCUGUACCGGCUCAACUGCGACAACCUGUGCGCUGACUUCCACGAAGACCUCACCUUCAGAUUCUCCUACGGGAUCACGGCGCUCAUACAGAGGUUCCAGGGAAAGAAUACCAAUAAAAUUGCGCUCAAGAAUCCGCCAGCUUACACGCCGAUCCCGGCUGUGAUGGGCCCCCCCGCUGCCACCACCGACGUGGUGCGGCUCAGCAAUGGUGGCGCGGCGGGCGCAGGCGCCAUGGGCCCGCUCAGCGCCGAGGAGUGGGGCAUGGUCUCCAGGUUCGCGCUGUCGGCUCUCACCUCGCAGGGCACUAUGGGUGGACUGCUGCUCUCUGGUUUGCUGCUGAAGACGGUGGGGUGGCGAGUGGUGGUGGUGACGGGCGCAGUGUACGGCGCGCUGUACGCGUACGAGCGGCUCACGUGGACGGCCAAGGCGCAGGAGCGCGUGUUCAAGCGGCAGUACGUGGCGCACGCCAGCAAGAAGCUGCGGCUCAUUGUGGACCUCACCUCCGCCAACUGCAGCCACCAAGUGCAGCAGGAGCUGUCAACGAUGUUCGCCCGGCUGUGCCGCCUGAUCGACGAGGCCACCACCGAAAUGGACUCUGAGCUUUCGGAGGUCCGCGAGGCCAUCACGAGGCUGGAGCAGGCCUCCACCUCCGCCAAGAAGCUGCGUAACAAGGCCAACUAUCUGUCGCACGAACUCCAGCUGUUCGACGACGCCUUCCUCAACAAUUAACCUACUGGAGAUUAUUUAUGUUUGUGGUAAGAAUUUCGUGAUUAUAAAGCGAAGAGAGGUUAAGUUUGCAGCGCACGCCGCACGUGCGAAACGUUCUUUAGUUGACAUGCCUUGUCCAAUGCGAUGUUACUCAGUGACUAGUGAGAUCGGUGUAAGAGGUAAUUUGUAUGUACACUAAUGAAAUAUAAUUAUUUUUAAUGGAAAACGCCUUUUUAGUAAAUAUUUGUUAAAAACAUUGGUAAUUCCAAUGUAUUGUUACCGUUUGGAGUAAAAUAUUGUGGUUUGAAUUUAAGUAGCUUAGAGUACUGUUAGCAUAUUUAAAGUUUACUGAUUAGAAUGUGCAAUAUCUUACUAAUCAAAUUGUUGCACAAUGAAGUAUAAUUUAUUUUGUGUAUAAUUUUGUAACUACCCACAAAUUGACACAUUUUGACUUGUAAUUUUAGUAACAUUUUUGACAUCCCAUGACAUCAAAUUGUGUGCAGCGUUUUGUCCCAAUAUAAUUUGAAACGCUUAAGAUUGAAUUUAGAAACUGAUUAAUUGUUAUACCGAGAUAUGCUACGGCCGUUAUUAACUAACAUUGUGCAUAGAAGUCGGUCUCAAAUUUAGAGUAGAAGCAAUAAAUGUAUCAGAUAUCGAGACCAAGUAUAUUACAUUUUAUUUGUUAGCGAAAAUUCAGUACUUACGGUAGCGAAGAAAGAGUGUUGACGUCGACUUAUAACUCACAAACGGAAAUAUUAUAUUACCUGUAUUAAAAUAGUACAUUGUGAUACAAGAGUGGCAGGUAGGUUAUUGCAAACGAGCCGAAGGCUACUAAUGUCACGAAUUUACAAUAACCUACACACCUGUGUAUCACACGACGUUUUUCAAUUUAGUUGUGGGAAAUACUAAAAAGAAAUUCAAGAAUUAAAUCCGUUUAUUUCAACAUGCUUUCAGAAAAUAAGUAAUUAAAUAUAAUAAACUACCAUUUAAUAGAAUUUUGAGAAUUCAAUGCUAAGACGUACGGACUUGUUCACUUUUUCUUUGUAUAAAAAUUUAUCCGAUUUUAUUUUAUGUAUGAAAACUCCUUGCUACAAAACUUUUUAAACUGACUAUUUAUUUAAAACUGAACUAACUAAACGACCGCGUAAAUGAAAGAUGCCUAUGCGAAAAUUUUAAUUUUCGAAUUAUGGCUAUAGCCUCUGAAAGUUUAAGCUGUUUAACAACUGUAUUGAAAAAAAAGGAAUCAGAACAUCACAUUCGUAUAAAUUAAUAUUGACAAAUACCAAUUACUUUAUAGUUUCAACGUACUAAAAGCUCGAGCAGCGAAACGAGAUAUUUGGCGUAAAAAUUAACAUUCACAAAACACUUUAAUACAAAUUACAUUAUAGGUUCAUCAUGCCAAAAGCUCGAGCAGAGCCACCACAUAAAAACAAAAAUUCUGUGGCCUGUAUUUAUUAUUAUUACACAUUAUAAUUAACACACUCAUUAAAUACGUGCUUCCACCUUAACGGCUGACCACCAAUAAAUUCUCUGGUGCUGCAACAGAGUACUGAUCAAUUGGACGUAGUUCCUGAAAAACGUUCCAAGCUACAAAUAUCACAUUUUAAGGAAUUUGUGUUUGAAGUAUCAUAAAUAUUAGUUUAUUCCAUACAUGUGGGUUGGGCUUUUAUAUCAUGAUGUCAUUGAAAGAGUGACAGGAGGGCUGCCAUUUUUUGUCAGUCCGUUAAAAUGCAUCACGUGACCAGUUUUGUGUUCUUAACUCAAUUUCGACAUGAUUGUGGUUUGGAACGUUUUUCUGGAAAUUACGUCCAAUUAUCUGCUUGUUUGUUCAACAGCUUUUCGGAAUAGCAUUAGACAUAACUCAAAAUAAGAUACAUCAGGGAAGUUCGGAUACAGGGUAAUACCCUCCUUUUAUUCCCACAGUGUGGUGUGACACGAAAACAACAGUAUUAUCCGGACUUACCCUGUAUUUGAAUUUACCAUGAUGCACUGCAAUAUAAAGUCAGAAGCUAUAUGAUAAAUUAUCACUAGCUGACCCGACACACGUUGUUCUGUGCAUAAUAAAUAAAAUACUGUUUUGUCAAUAAUAAAUUUCAUAGCAUCAAGAAUUAUUUCGUAAAAUAUGCUCCCUGCUGUUAUCAUGAAAAAUUGUUUCACAGCAAAACUGUCAAACCGUGCGUCAAUAAAUUCUCUCAUAGUAAAUAUGUCCAUACAAAACAAAUAUUGCAAAUAAAAAUAAUUAUGGGUCCCAAAUUUAAAAUAAAAACUAUCCUAUAUCUCAAGUUGGACUAAACUGUACUCCAUGAAGUAAUCCCGAUUAAAAUCCGUUCAUUAGUUUAGGAGUUCACUGGGAACAAAUAUCAAAACACUGGAUUUAUAUUAUAUUUACAUUGUAUAUCCUCUGGUUCAACAUAAAUACUCAGAUUUCUUGCUCGAUCAGUUUAGGUCCGUUGAAAUUGGUCGUGGUGUCUGAACUCACGUUACUACUAAUGUUAGAUAAUGUACUAAGAUAGAGGAGUUUAUAUAAGCAAAUUGAAGAGCGCAAACUCACGAGUAAUGUCUAAGCACAAUUUCUUAAACCGCAUAAAAAUAAUUUCACGGCUAAAACAAAUUUAUCGAGACUAUAAUAUGAAUAGAAACUUUGUUUAUUAUAUUUAGAAUAAAAUCUUAUUCUUAAUGUGUAUAGCAUUUGUCUCAUAACAACCCACGAAAGUGUUGGUUGCAACAUGAGUUUAGUUUUAAUGGCAUCACAUUCGUGUCCAAUAAUUGCGCGCUCCAUCUUGCCUGUAUAACCUCCCGGUAAAUAACUAGAUUGAAUGGGGCUCAAACCCCGACUGUAAACUAAUAACUAUUUAUUCAAGUGUAUAGUAAAUUGUUGUUGUUUUUUUUUUUAUUAUUUAUGCCGCUUUUUAGUACAGAAUCAAGUUGUUUAUUUGUCGUUGAGUUAUGAUGUAUUGUAAUUACGUUAGAGGAUUUACUCCCGUGUAUUGUUUUGGAAACGCGCGGUUUACGGUCUGUGCCCACUAGCGCCGCGGCGAGGCAUAAUCUUACGAAUUUCAAAAAUGUAUUUCUUUUCAAUUAUGUUCCAAAAUAGUAUUAUUAAAUAUUAUAAUGAGAUUAUUUGCACGCAUGUCUUUGAGCCCUUAUCAUCAAAAAAAUUGUGCAGUGGACAGUCUUGCCUAACUUUUUUAAACUGUUCUUUUUUAUGUAGUGUCUCUGUGUACUCUUUUGUAAACAAAGAGUAGGUAUCUAUGUCUACUAUACAGAAUAUAUUAUGUAUUAUAAAACUGCCUUCCUUGCCUUGGUAACAGAUCGAGCUCUCCAUAGGUAAAUAUAUACAAAUAAAAAACAAACAAUAUAUAUAAUUAAAAUGAAACGUGCAGUCAUUUGACAUAAGUUUAAAAUACAAUAUUAUGGCGACGUAAUAUAAUCUAAGUUUGAAAAAGAAGAUUUGCUUAAAAUGUAGUGGAUUUCGGCUAUCUGUCAAUGAUUGCACGUUUCAUACAAUCGCUUUUUUCUUAGAGUUUCGCUAGGCUGCUAAUGAUUUGUCGGAAGGAAUUAUUGAUACACCGUUGUAAUCAUAAGUUGUGACCGAGAGUACGCAUACUCAAUAUAACGCAACGGUCAGUCAUCUAAAAAUAAUUCUCCUUGGAUCAGUAUUCACUGCAGAAAUAUUGACUUUAUUUAUCAGGAACUUCGACCGCUGGUGUCCAACGAAGUGGUAAUCCGCGCGUUUCUAUAUGUUUUGGUGCUAGGUACCACCCGCGGGGCGCUAGCUGCGACCAAGACAACAUAACUGUCUAGCGAAGUGUUAAAUUUACGUCUUGAUCGCAAUGGCGCCUCAUUUUAUGUAUUAUUAUGUUAUAUAUUGUAUGAGCAACUAAAUAAAAGUUAAAUACUG